AUGCAGCAGACGUUACCAUUGCCACUUUCAAAGCUAGAAAAAAUUGGCAAUGGAGAGAAUUCAGAUACCUACCAUUCACAAUUAAUCUAUUGGCCAACCCAACCAAAUUUUGAAGUCGCGUGUGAAUGCAAGGGAUGUGGCAAGCAAUGGAUGCACCCAAACGGAACCAUUACUCCUAAAUACCACAUCACGAAUAUUAAAGCACAUUUACAGAAAUGUGUUACUGGAAUCGUUUUCAAAAGCAGAACACCAGCAAGGCUUGAAGGAUCUACUCUGGUUGCACCUUCAACGUCAUUAAAACACACGUUGCUGUAUGAUCAAGAAGGGCAAGAGGAUGGCACCAGCAAAAGUUACAAGAGAUCUAGAAGCACUCCUCGAAAUCCGUCUCAUCCGGCCACCAUUUCAGACGAUGCAAUCGCAAACCUAUUGUUGGAGUUUGAGGUCAUACCCCCAGACACUUCGGCUGAUUCCUCUGGGUCAUCAUCGCGUGGUAACGAUUCAGUAGGAUCUUUGUCUCCUCCUCAAUCAUUGCUUCUUCCCGAGUCUCUGCCAAAUCUCCUGGACCAUGUUCUUGACUCCGUGGAGGUUUUGAAGCGCUGUAAUUGGUUUAUGGAGAGAUAUCAACAGCAGACGAUUUCCUUCGUCAAUUAUUUGACUCUUUACCAUGUUCGCUGUGGAGCAACUUUACCUCUGACUCACUUGCUGGCAUUCUAUCUUUCUGAUUUCGUAUCAGUCUCAGAUGCGGUGGGAUUUAUUAUUUGGAGUGCUUCUUUCAUCCAGAAUUAUCCGUGUUCUUGGGAAGAUGCAACGGAAUUGAUGCGAGUCCUGUUUCAACACUUUGCGAGUAUCCUGACUUCAAGAAUGAAAGCAGAGACAAGCUACGAUGCAGUGACACUGCCUGAAUCGAUUCAUGCGACAACAUUCCCAGCACCAGAACUGUGGCCCGAAGAACUCUGCUCCUUCUUUGUCAAUCUUGGAUUAUGCUUUGAGCUGGAAUACCAAUCCAGUCUACCAGUAAUCAUCACGACACAGCUCUAUGACCCAUCAAACCUCCAACCAGACGAUGCCAACAGCAAUGGUGGUAUCGAGAAGGGCAAAGGACCUGAUCGUAGUGCCCACGGACCUGGAAGCAGCUCCAACAUGCCCAGUGGAUUAUUCGAUAGCUCAUUCGAUCAUGGUGGAUUCUAUGAUGGGGCUUCCUGGGAUAAGACCGACAAUGUCAACCAGGCUUUUGGAGCUCUCGACAUCAACAAGGAUGACAAUGAAGCUGAUUCGGAUACAGACUUCCCCGAAUCAUUCAAAACGGACUCUGACGAUGAAGAUAAUGAUAGUGAUCAUGAUGACAAUGAUCCUGGCAUGGGAGGAGGGGCAGUGCAGAAUGACGCUCAGCUGAUGGUCAUUCAAGACGAUGCUAUACCAGCACCUCUAUUCGUAGAGCACUAUAAUGCACCGGCUCUACAGACAGAAGAUAAUCAAGAUCCGCCAUUCACGGAUGAUACGAGAAAGGCGAUAAUUGCUGCUUUUAAAAAUCCUUCCUCGACAGCUGCCUUUGACGCUGUAGAAGACCUUGGUGACUCUCAAGACGCCGAAGAAUAUGCGAAUGAAAUCUCAAGCCAUAUGAAGGACUUGGAGAUACAAACCGCUCCAAGACCCAACUACAUGGACAAUCAGCCCGAAAUCAAUUGGAAGAUGCGCCAAACCCUAGUCUCCUGGCUGAUCCAAGUCCUCGAAGAAUACGACUCACUCCAAGAAACUCUCUACCUAACUAUUAACAUCCUCGACCGCUUCUGCUCCCACCGUAAAAUCCCGCGCAACCAGUACCAGCUCCUGGGUGUCGCAUCGUACCUAAUUGCAGCCAAAUACGCCGAAAACCAUGGCCACGUACCCACCGUCAAGCAGCUGUGCAAGAUAUGCUGUGACUCGUACCCGGAAAGUGAUUUUAAACAGAUGGAGUUGGUGAUACUUGACGAGAUUCAUUUCGUAUUGGGUCAUCCAACUGCUGAGGCAUUCUUGAGGGCAGAUUGUCGGUUUGUAAAGUGUGUUGAGAUGCAGUCGAGGGCUUUGGCGAGAUAUAUUAUGGAGUUUAGUGUUAUUUAUGAGGAAUUCAUCGUGUAUAUGCCAUCUGUGGUGGCAUCUGCUAGUAUCAUCUUGGCUGAGAGUAUUCGUGGGAAUCACGAUUAUGAGUAUGAUGACUCGGCAUUGUCGAGUUGUGUCAUUGCCUUGGCUGGAAAGUUGAAGGAGCCACCGGCAUGUCUGGCCAAGAAGUUUGCAUCACAAAAGUGGUUGAACUCGGCUGGUGUUGUUAAGGAGUGGAUUGAUAAAGACUGUCGCAAUCUUGAACUGAUUGGCCACCCGUCCUUGAAUACACGAACUGUGAGCUUCUCGGGCUUACCGUCACCACCACCAUCGUGGCCGAAACACAUUCACGACAAGCGGGUGAAGGGGACGGGUUUGGCUUUCGCAUAG